UAAACUUGAAAACUUCUAAUUUUUUCCUCUGAUAAAUCUUGCCUUUUAAGUCAAAACUAAAUCUUCGGUAUUUACAGGUUUUUGCUUCUAUUGGUUCUUCGUAGAAUUCAGCAAUUUUGAAGAUGUUGUUAAUUGAUCCCUCGAAGAAGAUAUGUUUCAAUCGAUGCAUUAGAGAUGGAGACUUGGCUAUUGUCUAUGAGAAACAUGAUACUAUGAAGGCUGUUAAAGUGUGUGAGAAUUCAGUUUUCCAAAAUCGAUUCGGCUUAUUUAAACAUUCUGAUUGGAUUGGCAAGUCAUUUGGUUCCAAAGUGUUUAGCAACAAGGGUGGAUUUAUUUACCUAUUGGCCCCGACACCAGAGUUAUGGACUUUGGUUCUAAGUCAUAGGACUCAGAUUCUCUAUAUUGCGGAUAUUAGCUUUGUGAUUAUGUACAUGGAAAUUGUUCCCGGUUGUUUGGUUCUUGAAUCCGGGACUGGAAGUGGAUCGUUAACGACAUCACUUGCAAGGGCUGUUGCUCCUACAGGACAUGUUUAUACAUUUGAUUUCCAUGAACAGAGGGCUGCCUUAGCUAGAGAGGAUUUCGAGAGGACUGGUGUGAACACUUUAGUGACCGUGGGCGUUACAGAUAUUCAGGGUGAGGGAUUUCCGGAUGAAUUUUCCGGAUCAGCAGAUUCAGUCUUUCUCGACCUACCACAGCCUUGGCUGGCCAUUCCUUCAGCUGGAAAAAUGUUGAAACAUGAUGGAAUUUUGUGCUCUUUUUCACCAUGCAUCGAACAAGUCCAACGCUCAUGUGAAACUCUUAGAUUGAACUUUACAGAUAUAAGGACUUUUGAAAUACUACUUCGAACAUACGAAGUCUCGGAGUGGAAAAUGGAUUGCUCAAAGGUUGAAGACGGUGGUUCCGUCAGUCCACCUGGAAAGAGGAGGAGGCAGUCUUCAAGCGAAGGAAGUGUGAGGGACAACCCAAGUUGUCCGGCAGUGAUGGCUCGACCAUCUGCUGAUGCUAGAGGCCAUACUGGAUAUUUGACAUUUGCAAGACUUAAAUGCAUCUCUUGAAAAAUAAAUUUACCUUUUUCAG